AAAUGAACUAACCUCAAAAAAAAUAAACAUUGAAACAUUCAUGGAACUUUUAUAGAGAAAUGUAUUAGUAUAAUGAUUAUUAUAAAUUAAAACCAUCUAAAGAAUAAUCAUCAGUGUGUUGAAAUGUCUACGAAAAAAUCCCAUCCAAGUUUCAGUGAUCUACAAACGGAAUUUCUGGAAAUACUCAAAGAAGCCUUCAAAGAAAACAAUCUCGAUUUGUUGGAGACUAAAAUUUCGGCCUAUAAACGUACAGAUUUGGAUACGAAAAGUCCUCUGGACCAAGCUUUCAAGCAUUACUUACUCAACCUCCUCGAGGAAGAAGUGGAUGUAAAAGUUUUAAACUCAUACAUAAAUCUCUCAAUAGAAUGUUGCAGAAAGCAUUUAACAUCUCCUACAGUACCUGUUGUAUUAUUAAGCGAUAUAUUCAAUACACUAACAUUAGAUGUAUGCGAGAAAAUGUUCAGUUUUGUUGAAGACAAUGUACAAACAUGGAAAGAAGACCUGUUUUUUGCUGCUUGCAAAAAUCAUUUGCUCCGCCUGUGCAAUGAUUUACUACGCAGACUGUCCAGGACAACAGCCACAGUGUUUUGUGGUAAAAUUUUAUUGUUCCUGGCCAAAUUUUUCCCAUUUUCUGAAAGAUCAGGUCUAAAUAUUGUUAGCGAGUUCAACUUGCAAAAUAUUACUGAAUAUGGCAUAGAUGCAACAGAUGAUAAUGCAACAGAAGUGGUUUCUGGUGAUCAAAAAUAUGUCAUUGAUUAUCCUUUUUAUUGCAAAUUUUGGCAGUUGCAAGAUUUUUUUAGGAAUCCCAUCCAAUGCUAUGAUAAAGUACAAUGGAAAAUGUUUUGUUCACAUUCAACCACUAUUCUAAAUACGUUCCAAGGCAUAAAAUUAGAUGAUGUUUCAUUAGCAAACCAGAGUUUCCAUGGAACAUAUUUUGCUAAAUAUUUAACCAGUCAAAAAUUGCUAGAUCUUCAGCUUCAAGAUGUCAGUUUUAGAAGAUCUUUAUUGUUGCAAUUUUUAAUUAUUUUUCAAUAUUUUACAUCCUCUGUUAAGUUCAAAAGUGACAGUCACGAAUUAAAAGCAGACCAAAAAGAGUGGAUUCAAACGAGCACUGAAAAAGUGUACAAUUUGUUGAAAGAAACUCCACCAGAUGGAGAAAAUUUUGCCAUCAUUGUGCAGAAUAUUUUAAAAAGGGAAGAACUCUGGAACUCUUGGAAAAAUGAUGGCUGUCCCGAAAUUAAAAAGUUCCUACCUCAACAUGAACCAAUUGAAAUUCCCAAACGCAAAAAGCCUCAAAUGUUACUUGGUGAUAUUAUAAAAGAAGCCAACAUGGAAAACAAAUUCCAUUUAGGAAACAGUGAAUUGAAUAAACUGUGGAAUAUAUGCCCGAACAAUUUAGAGGCUUGUAAAGACAGAGAUUUUUUGCCAUCUUUGCAAGAAUAUUUCCAAGAUGCUAUAACACAAGUGGAAUCAGGCGUUGUGGUCAAAGAUGAUGAAAAUCUUAUGAAAGACAGUAAUUUUGGUUGGAGAGCUCUUAGAUUAUUAGCCAAACGCAGUCCUUACUUCUUUUCAAUUGCUGUACAAAACCACUCCCUUCCAAAAUACUUGGAAAUGAUGGUACACAAAAUGGUACAUGAAAAGCCUGGCAAAAAUGAUGAAAACGGUCAAGAUGCACAAACAGAGCAAGAAAUAGAGGAAAAUAUUCUAACAGAACAAAACGAAGAUUUCAGCAAGCAAAACGAAGAAGAAACAGAAGAGAAUCAACCAAGAACUGAACACAAACAAUUGAGUGAAGAGAGACUAAAAGUCAUUAUUGACACAAUAACUCCAGAAUGGGAAAAACUAGGCCUCAAGCUUGGCUACAAACCAGACGAAUUGGAAUGGUUCAGGAACGAACACCCUCUAAGAUUCGAUCAGGCCAAGCACAUGAUGCAGGUUUGGUUUGAAGAUGAUGAAGACGCCAACUUGGAUAAUCUUUUGUAUAUUUUGGAAGGGUUGGAAAUGAAUAAGGCUGCUGAGGUGGUUAGGAAUGAGUUGAACAGUGUAAUGGAAAUAGGAUAGGAUUAUAUUGAGUUUGAUUUAGUUUAUAAGUUUUUUUUAUUUUGGAUCUUAUAUAAGUUUUUGAUUCAAUUCAAUUAAAAAUAGGUAUAACAAAAUUUGUUUCAUUUGCCUUGAAUCAUUAUAAAAUCUUUUUUAAAAUUUUCUGAUCUAAUAUUAAUCCUUGUUCCAGUUGCAAUUUUAGUAUUUCAUUAGUUGAAUAUCUUCUUAAAGGAAACCAUACUCUGUUUAUGAAGCCAACCUGAAAAAUCUGCUGUUAUCUACUGACUCGUUAGAUAUGAUUAUUCUUAGUGCAUGUUCACAUUGACACCGCUCGAGCGGUGAGCGUUACACGAUGCCGCUGUAGUGAUGCCCAAAAAUAAUUUCAAGAAUAUAUUUCAAAUGAACAUGUUCACACUGGAGCGGCGCGUCUCGCGGUGUUAACAUGUUCAUUGGAAAUAUAAUGUUAAAAUUAUUUUUGGGCAUCGCGCAAAGCUCACUGCUCGAGCGGUGUCAAUGUGAACACGCACUUACAGGUGCGUCAGCUCGUGGCAUAAUAUCAUCCCUAGGAAUUUCAAUAUCUCUCCUUCUGCCCCAAAAAUCAACGUAGGCUAUCCUUACUCUAUCUGUUUCUUCGUUGUAAUAGAUAAAGCCUACAAAUCUUGCUGCUACAUAGCCCAAACUAUAUAAAGUAGCGCAU